UCCUAGCGGAUCUUCCAGCUAACUCGAGUGAAUUCAACUGUAGAAACAAUGUGAAAAUUACUGUUAUAGUUAUUUUAUAUGUUUCAUAGUUUUAUAGCAUAUAGGGAUUAGUUUGUUCUGUUGUCCUUUUAUUUGACAUUCACAAAACGGUGGACCCCAGCAGCUGGUACCUUCAUUAUAGGACUUCAUCUACAGGUGGUGUCUGAGUAGACGACAUGCCCGAGGUGCAGAGUGGUAGUGGAGAGCGCUGCGAAGGCGCCGAGGCUAGAGACCCUCUCAUGAUGGACGAGCCUGAUCUCAGCAUCUUUGAGAACAAGACAGGUCUUGCUGAAGACAUGAAGUUCCUGGCGUCGAUGCCUGAGCUGUGUGACGUCACCUUCCUCGUGGGGGAGACCAGAGAGCCAGUGUGUGCUGUCAAGGCAGUGCUGGCCGCCCGCAGCCGGGUUUUUCACAAGAUGCUCUAUCAACAACCGAGUCCUCAGAGGAAAAAAGAAGCUCCUCCAAAGGAGAACAAACUUCGACAGUUUUUGAAGCGAAGCAGUGAGCCCUUACUAAAUCUGCAGAACUCUGGCGCUCAGCGAAAUUACGCACAGCAGUUGACUCCCAUACAAGAGCCCACAGGCAUGCAGCAUGCUACUCUGAUCAUUGAAGAGUUUGAACCAGACGUAUUCAGACAGCUGAUUGAGUACAUUCACACUGGAAAUGUGACACUUCAGCCAAGAACAUUGCUGGGUGUGAUGAACGCGGCCGACUACUAUGGACUGGAUGAGUUGCGACGUGCUUGCAACGGUUUUGUGCAGACAUGCAUCAACGUAGAUACAGUUUGCGCUCUGUUGGCUUCUGCAGAGAGAUACAUCCAGUACAAGUGUACCAAGACACUUGUACAGAAGGUGCUGGAGUUUGUGGAUGAACACGGAAACGAAGUAUUGAACCUGGGCAGCUUCACAUUACUUCCGCAACAUGUGGUCAGGCUGAUCCUGGCUAGAGAAGAGCUACGAGCUGACGAGUUUACCAAGUUCCAGGCUGCACUGAUGUGGAGCAAGAAGUAUUGUGACAGCAUGAACCAGAACAGCAAUUCCUCCCAAGUGAGCCUGAACCAAGUCAUCAGCAGCUUCCUUGAAUACAUUCACUUCCACAAGAUCCCAGCGAAUGUGUUGAUGAAAGACAUCCAUCCGUUGGGCUACGUUCCUUACAGCAUCAUCAUGAACGCACUAGCUUACCAGGCAGACCCAACCAGUGUAGACCCCAACAAGCUGUCUCCCAACCGAGUGCGGCGUAGCGCGCAAGGACGCAGCAUGAGCGUGCAGAGCAGCGGGGGCGAGCAUUACGGCAGCAACACUACGCUCACCUCCUCCGGCUCUAGUGAAAUGGUCAGUUCCGACGGGCACAAGCACUCGUCCAACUAAACACCAUCAACACCAAUCAUAUGUGUAAAAUGUACUUUGGUUAUUCUAUUGAUUUAGAUAUUGAACGAAGAAGGCUUCCUAUCAAAGAGGGUUGUCUGUAAAUUAAGGUCAACAUCCAAAUUCAAAUUCAAAUUGUUUAUUUGGCCAUUAAACAUUACAUAAUCAAUACUAUGUCAAUUUUUUCAAAUUUUUUCAAUUUUUUCAAACAAAGCUUUUGUUGCAGCCAUUAAGCUAGUUCAUAUAAGGCCAGCAUUGUGUUACUUACUUCAUUUACUACUAUUCCAGCUAGUUCCUACUCCUAGAGACGAUUAGUCUGAUCAUAAUAUUGGAAAAUGUUGUGAAAGAAAAUUUACGAUCUCUCCAAAUAUAAAUACAGUAGCGUUCUGAUUUGGUUUCUGUAGUCUCAGUCCUCAAUCGCUAUUGCCAUUGCCAGUAGACGGACAUGAAUGGAGUAAAGUGUAUAGACAUAGAAAAGAUGCGCAAGGAGUAGAGAGAGUUUGGAGAUGGUCUUCAAUUUUGUACGUUUUUUGAAUGCUGUUGUUUGUCAGUCUCAUUUGUCCAAAGUUAGGGAAACUUUGCAUGCAAAUCAUGGUGUGACUUAUAGAAGGAGAUACAGUAUUUGAACUGGUAGGAUUCAUCUAUAUAAGACUUUCAAGGACUAGUGUUUGCCUUGGAAGUCUGAAACAAGGUGAUCUGCAAGCAAAGAUUCCUAAAUUUCAAACUUUGCCAUAAUGAAAACUUAUGAAAAUCUGCAUUUUCUCUAUCAAACCAGUUUUCUGCAUAGGUCAAUUUUCUUUCACAAUUGAAGAAUAGUAUGACAAGACUAAUCAUCCCAUUGGCGUAGGAACGGCUAGAAUUGCAGGCUCUAGUGGAUGCAGUGAACAUGCGAUUGGUCUCUAACUUGCUUGGUUGUGAGGAGAGCUUAAUGGCCUUGCAUAAAGGUCAGACGUGGCCAAUAUUUUACUCAAAUAGAACGUAGUUGAACGAGCCGCUCGUAAAUUCUAGAGUUACCUACAAAAUAAUAUUUUCUUCGAUUUUGAUGUGAUAACGUGACAGAAGCUAUAGUUUACAGUACUUGAUUGUUUGGCUCGGUUGAAAGUUGGCGUUUUUACAGAAAUGAUUGAAUGCAAUCAGCACACUCUGUCGGUAGCUCAACUCAACUAUGUUCAUUUUAAAACUGGCUUCACCUAAGAUGGGGAUGGAAUAUCUACCUCUAUCAGUACUCAAAGGUUAUACACUCCCCAGGACCUUAAUUUUACAAGGUGAAGAUUAAAUGGCAUCAAUUAUUGGUAUUAAACAGCUUUAACUCACUGACAAUUAUUUUCAUAUUUGUGUUACCCGGUAAUAGUUAAUCAAUAACAUAGGGAGUAUUGGUUAUUUCUAUGUAGAUAGUGUUUAUUGUUAAAAACAGAUCUACAUUAUUCACUUCAUGAACAUAGCAGUGUUUUGUCUGUGUUCAACACAAAUUUAAACCUGCAUGGUUGACUGCAUGGAAUGCAAAAUAGUCUCCAGAAAAAUGUUGGUGUUGAAUAGUAUAAAGAUGUUGGUUAUUAUUUUAAACUCUCUUUCAUGAGAUAAACUGAAAAUGUUACUUUAAGCUGGCUCAAAGCAUUCUAAAUCUAGAUUCUAGUCCAACCUUGUAUUAAAUACAUUAUUAUUUCUCAUAAAAUAAACUAACCUUUCCACCUUCAUUGUAUCUUAACAGCUUAAGUUGAUAUGUUGAUGUUAUGUAUCAUCCCAUGUUGCAUAUUGUUGAAUGUUUCUACUGACAAUUGAUAACCUUGAACAAUCAUCAAAGACUUCGGAACUGACCAUUUCACAUCACUAGAGACUGAAUGCCACAGAUGUGUCCAUGUAUUGAGGUUGACUCGAUAGUCGAUAUCGAUCGAGAUAUAAGGAAUCCACCACUGACCAAACAGGGUAUUUGAGAGUUCAAAAUAUUUGUCUAAACGCUCAGUUUUGUACCUGGAAUAGUUUACUAUAGGAUACUAAAAAGUUAGUACCUUUUGUAGCUUUCUACUUAGUUGAGAUUAUUAUUUUUGUCUACAAUGAAAUCAACUUUCUAUGGAGAAGUAAGAUGGAUUUUCUUAUGAACCCAAAAUUAUUUUGAUCAUAUUUUGUUCUAUCUUUUUUGUUCAACACCUUUAGAAAAAUUAAUUUGGAGUAUUAUGACAAAUUGAAACUGUACUGUAUAUCUAGCUAUUGUGGUUCUAAUACUAAAUUCUUUUUGGAUCCUAAGCACAAAGUUCUUCAGUCAUAAAUGGUAUUAGGUUAUUAUGUGGCCACAUUUGGACACAUCUGGGUAUUUGAAAUGCUUUUACUAAAGUAAAUGUUCCCUAUACCAUGUGUUGACCAAAAGACUGUUAGAUUAGUUUUAACGUAAUGUUUUGUCAUUGUUAGCUAGAAAAUUAUUUGUCAUAAUGUGUUGAUUAUAUGAGGAAGAAAUAGAUAAAUAGAUAGAUAGAAAUGGAUGGGAUUUCUAAGAAUGUAAAGUGUGUUUAUUUAAAUUACUGUACAAUCAGAAAGUAAAUUUUUUAAAUGAUUCCACACACAAAAAAAAUUUCAUUGCAAGUAAUAAAACUUGUCAUCCUAUUGUAAAAAUUGGAAGGAUGUUUUGGCGACAUAAAGGGUGUGAUGAUAACAACUAACUAAAUGUUUCACUAUAAUAAUGUUAGUGUAUGAUUUAAGAUUUGUGCUCAAUGUUUUAAACAUAUUACCAGAAGACAUAUAAUAGUUUAUUUGAUCUUGAUCCAUAAGGAUUGUAGAUCUACAUUCUACAGUAAGUAACAAUGUAUGUUUCGGGAGUUUGUUUAAUCAGAUGACGACUUAAGUUGUUAUAGCCGAUAUGUUGUAAGUUAUUAUAUUUUUUAAUAACAAAUUGUUUUUAGAAAGACGAUAAUUUUGUUCACAUCUUUGUUUGCUUCGCCAAUCCUUCGCCUUUAGAACUGAGACCGCAUAUCUAGUUCAAACUAUGACCAGAAUCUAAAGGAAAAAGUUAAUUAAAAUUCAAUUGUGAACAAAUUACAAAUUUCUGAGGUUGUUAUUAUGUCAUCCAAAUCUCUGUGUCACUCAUUAACUCUAUGUAUGUUAUGUCAAGUUUUAAAAAACUCACAUUUCUUCCUCACAUAAAAAUACUUGUUUAUAUCUAAUGAUCUAAACAAAUUCUUAUGUGCUAAGUUUUAAAAUAUCACUACUUGGUUAUAAAAUAUUUUUAUAAAAUUUACUGUGUGGCAUCUGUUAAACUUAGUAUCCAAUAAGUCAUAUUUACACUUAUAUUUAUUGAUUUCUUUUGCUCAACAUUUAUUCACAUUCCUAUGCCCGCAUAUAUUUUAUGUAUUAUUUCUCAAUAAUUCUCAUCUUUAAUCCUAGCCUUGACUUCUAACUUAUAAACUUGUUUGUUAAAUGUUGUCUGCAUUAUUUAUUCACUUAGAAUAAACAGAAAACACAUUACUUGGAAGACACACUCAAGGCACUGAUCAAACUGGGUAUCCUCUUGGUUAACAAAAAAUCUUGAUUGUGAGAACAAUAUUUUCCCAUCUUAAAUUGAGUAAAAAUCAAAUAAUUCUUAAACACUAAGAACAUUUGUGUUGAAUUCAUUAUCAACUAUUUCCCAGAGGUAUAUAAUUGUUGGACUUAAACAUGGAAAUAUUUUUCAUAAUACCAGUCGGUAAUAAUAAAUAUAUUCCAAUGUAUUAUUACAAGAAAAGUAUAUCAUUUAUAGUUUUCUGAUAUUAAUGUUAUUGAUGGUUGAUUUAAUUUUAUUAAGUUUAUCUAUCCCUGUGGAAUUUGUUAGCGUUUUUAUAAGGAAACAGUUUAAAUUUAAAUUAUUAUCCAAUAAAGAUAGUUUUUCUCCUUAGCUUUACUUUGAAUACAAAGAGGAAUAUAAGAUUUGUUUAGUUUUACCACCACUCUCUACAAUACAAGUGGUAAACUAAUACUUGGUGGCUUGGGUAAACAUUAAACAAUGUUAUAUAAAGUAAUGUUACAUAGUAUUGUAGCUUUGGACUAUAGUAUCUAUAUUCAAUGACAGUAGUGAUCACUGAUGUAUGAGCUACUGUGUUUAAAAAAGUGGUCAUCUCAAUCCUAAAAGUUUUGAGUGUAUGCCAAGUUUUAUGUUCUUUAUGAGAACAAUAAGGGUUUGGUGGAUGUGUAUGAUGAAAAUGGUUGCCCCAAACCUAUAAACCUUACCUACUUUUAAAAGGAAGUCAUUUUGGUUUUUGUAAAAAUGUUUUCAGUUAAUAUUGUUUUAAUUUACAAACGAUAGAUUUUCAUGAAUCCAGGAAAAUAAAAAAAAUUGUUGUUAAAAAGUUUAGUUCCAAGCUGCCUAUUGGUUGCUGGAUCUAUUUAAAUUCUGUUAUUUCAUUAUCCUGUUGUUUGUAACCAGGAAACUUUGUAACUAACGUGAUUAAUGUGAUAUUAAAUGUAAGCAUUUUGUGUUGUAA